AUGUCUUCUGCCCAGCAACGCCUGAACCAAGUCUCCUCCCACUUCGGUGGCAAGAAGGGAGCCGCCGCCCUCACCGAGAAGCAUCCCGAUGACAUUGUCGUAACAUGCGCUCUGCGCUCUGCCAUCACCAAGGGCGGCAAGGGUGGUUUCAAGGACACAGCCGCCGCUGACCUGCUGGCCGGUGUUUUUAAGGCCGUCAUCGAGCGCAGCGGCAUUGACCCCAAGCUAGUUAACGAUGUGGCGGUUGGCUCUGUCCUUCCCCCUGGUGGCGGUGCCACCGAGUUCCGUGCUGCAUCGCUUGUUGCUGGAUUCCCCGAGUCGACUGCUGUCCGGAGUUUGAACAGACAGUGCUCGAGUGGAUUGCAGGCUAUUGUUGACAUUGCGAAUGCGUUGAAGACUGGUAUGAUUGAUGUUGGUAUUGGUGCUGGUGUGGAGAGCAUGAGCUCCCAAUAUGGUCCCGGUGCCGUGACUGAAUUCUCAGACCUCCUCGAAAACCACAUGGAGGCUGCCAACUGCAAGGUCCCCAUGGGUGUCCUUUCCGAGCAGAUGGCUAAGGAGCGCAACAUCACUCGCGCCUCUCAGGACUCUUUCGCCGCUUCUUCGUACCAGAAGGCCGUUGAGGCCCAGAAGACUGGCCUCUUCAACGAAGAGAUUGCUCCCCUUGAAGUCAAGUGGACUGACCCCAAGACCGGCGAGGAGAAGACCAUCACCGUCAAGGAGGACGAUGGUAUCCGCAAGGGAAUUACCGCCGAGUCUCUCGGCAAGAUCCGCCCUGCGUUCGCCAAGGACGGCUCCAUCCAUGCCGGUAACGCCUCUCAGAUUUCCGACGGUGCCGCCGCCGUCCUGCUCAUGAAGCGGUCUACCGCUGAGCGUCUGGGCCAGAAGAUCAUUGGCAAGUACGUCGCUGCCUCUGUUGUCGGUGUCCCGCCUCUUCUGAUGGGUGUUGGUCCCUGGAAGGCCAUCCCUGUCGCCCUGGAGAAGGCAGGCAUCAGCAAGGACGAUGUGGACAUCUACGAGAUUAACGAGGCUUUCGCCUCGCAGUGUGUGUGGUGUGUCAACGAACUUGGCAUUCCUCAAGAGAAGAUCAACCCCAAGGGUGGUGCCAUUGCUUUCGGCCACCCCUUGGGUUGCACCGGAUCCCGCCAGGUCAGCACGCUUCUAACGGAGCUGAAGCGGACCAACAAGAAGAUUGGUGUUUCUAGCAUGUGUGUUGGUACUGGUAUGGGUAUGGCUGCUGUUUGGGUUUCCGAGUAA